AUGAAGACAAAGAAUUUUCGGAAAAGAAAUUUAGAGCUCGAAGACGGAGACGACGAUGGCGAGCACCACGAACAAAGAGUGUCUUUAACCUUAGAGGAGGUGAAAUUCCUUCAGAGGCAGAGAGGAAGGAAGUCGGGUAUUCCUGCUCUAUCAACUCCGGUAUCGACUGCCGCUGCAGGAGCUGGCGCCAGCAGUGCUUCGAUUCACAGUGUUAGUGAUAAGGGUGAAGGUGAUGUCGAGAAGGACGAUUUGGUUUUGCAGGACACUUUUGCUCAAGAGACGGCUGUCAUGGUGGAGGAUCCAAAUAUGUUGAGAUUUGUAGAACAAGAAUUGGCAAAGAAAAGAGGAAAGAAUAUUGAUACAGAAAACCAAGUUGAAAAUGGUGUUAAGCUUGCGGAGGAUGAGUUAUAUAAAAUUCCAGAGCAUCUGAAAGUGAAAAGACGAAGCUCGGGAGAAAACUCUACUCAGUGGACUACAGGGAUUGCAGAAAUUCAGCUUCCGAUAGAGUACAAACUGCGAAAUAUUGAGGAAACAGAGGCAGCAAAAAAGCUCUUGCAGGAGAAGAAGCUUGUGGGUCGUGCGAAAGCAGAGUCCAGCCUUCCUUCAAGUUUUAGUGCUGACUUUUUUCAACGUGGCAAGGAUUAUGCUGAAAAACUCAGAAAAGAACAUCCACAACUUUACAAGGAUAAGGGUGCAGAUGAUAAUGGUGGGUUGGAAUCUAGGCAUCAUGAUUCGAAUGGAGAUGGUCAUGGUGCAAGUCGAAGGCAGGCUGCCACUGAUGAGUUCAUGCUGGAGCGAUUCCGAAAACGAGAGAGACAGCGUCUUAUUAGGAGAUAG